GCCGCCAGUAUGGCGGGUGUGUCUUCCCCCAGGUCGCUGAAGGAGCUGCUGGCCGAACAGUUACCUAAGGAUGUGCCCUUUACCUUCUAUCACUACUCGACGCCGCCCUCGAGGUCGUCCGCCAUCUUCUCCGCGCCGCCGCAUGGCAAGGCUGAGCGGACAUACUGCGAGUCGCACUUCCUGGCGGCGUCAAUCGUGCCGAAAGAUUCGACGUUGGAAGUCCCCGAGGAGCUGCUUGUCCUGGCCAUUGAGGUCCUCGUCUACACCACCAGGACCCUCACCACCAUCUUCGUCUCCAAGGCAGACUCGACCGGCUGCCUCUCAGAGCUGCAGCUGCCGCGCUCGCAGGCUGGGUCGCCUUUGAAGGUCAUCUGCGGGACGUUCGUGUCAUGGCUGGCAAGGGAGAGGCAGAGGGAAGGGAAGAAGUUGGUCGUGUCGCUGUUCGCCAGAGCCCAAGACCAAUACCUCUUCCCUGCAAGCAUUGAGAACAAGAACAAGCACGUGCUGGACGACCGAGGGCUGGUCAAGUGGUGGUGCAGGGUGCUCGACCCGAUAAUAGGGCAAUACAAGGCUGAAGAAGCGCGGAGGCCUUUUCCUGAGCGUCUGGCAGAAGAGCGUGGUGGCACCUCGUCGCAGUCAGAUGUCACCGCCAAAGGCUACCUCGUCAUCCCAGGCUUCGAGCCGUAUGAUACACUGCGAUACGUUCCUCCGCCAUCCUCACCAAAUACGCCUCGACGCUGGGCCGCUGCACAUCCGCUGCUCGAGAUUGCACCCUACCCGGCUGCUCCACCACGAUGUCUCGUUCCGCAUUUCCCUGACGAUCCUAAGGCGCGGUUCCUCGACGAAUUGGACGAAGAGCUUCCUGAUCGUGGUACUGACGCCAUAGUGGGUGAGGGAGGCACGCCAUCGCGCAGUAAUGGACAGUGGAAGAGCGUAAAGACGCUGGACCAGUUCUGGGAGUUCAUGGCCUUCCGACAGGAGUGUUCGUCUGGGAGGAUCGUCGGCUUCAUCUGGGUUGUCAUCACACCCCCUAAACCAUCCAUACCGGAAGAAGACGAAGACAUGCCGUCGCAGCAAUCCUUCUCUCUACCCCUGUCGCAGGACGACUCUCAAAAAAGCGUGUCUACACCGAAAAAGAAAAAGGCGAAGACAAGCAGUAGGCGUCGGAAAGGCAGACUAGAAUACGGACCCAUCCCCCUUGUACUCCCAAGAAUCAAGACCAGCUCUUCGAACCUGUCAACUGGAUCAAAUGCCUCGACGACAAAACUUCCCCCCGAGACCAGCCCGUACUUCACCUGGCCCGCCGCCUCCCGAGGCACCAUAUGCUUCUCCACAAAAGACUACAACCGCGCCCACGAAGUGCUCAUCCACCAGUCCUUCGCCACCCGCGACGCAGCAGGGCGGAGCACAAAGAAGUGGAAGGAAGAAACCGCCGUGCUGGGCGGUGUCGACGAGUGGAGCUGGACCGUUACCGGCACGAAAAUACACACGGAAGUGACUGUCGCUCCUGCCACCAACGACGUCAUGCCCGUCACGGUCAUGGGUGUGCGCAAGAAGAGGAAACCCAUGCUGGUGGCAGGGCAGCCUGAGGGGGUGCAGGUUCUUGGGGAGGGGUUGGUGAGGAAGAAGGCUAAGAUUGAGGCGGGUCCUGAUGCCGGAGCAAGUGCUGCGAAUGGCGUGAAUACUCUGGGAGCUGGGCUGGUGAGGAGGAAGGUUAAGGGGUGAGUUUGGUUGGGUUUCUGCUUUAUUGAUUUGGGGGUUGCUUUGGUUUGCUUGGGAUUUGAAUAUCAGCGUGGUGCAGGUGGGAGGCUUGGAUAUCGUGUCCUCCUAGAUAUUGAGGCAGUGAGUGCUUUAUACUACAUUUUGCAUUGCAAUGAGGAGC